GUGACGCUGUAUCAGUACGACGUGUGUCCGUUCUGUAACAAGGUGAAAGCGCAGCUGGACUUCCUCGGGAUCGCGUACGACGUCGUGGAGGUGAACCCGCUGACGAAGAGCGAGCUGGGGUUUAGCAAGGAGUACCGCAAGGUUCCGAUCGUGAUCGUGGACGGCGAGCAGAUCAACGACAGCGCCGUCAUCAUGCGUGAGAUGGAGACGCGAAUGAAAAAGGCGGGUCUCCGCGGCCGCGGCGCCCGCCCCCGCCCGGGCUCCGCCGCCGCGAAGAAAGAGGACGAGUGGUUCGCCUGGGUCGACUCCCGCUUCGUCCACGUCGUCACGCCGAACAUUUACAGAACCUGGGAAGAAGCGCAGAGAAGCUUCGAUUACAUCACCGAGCGAGGGAACUUCAACUGGUUCAUGCGUCAGGCCAUCGCGCUCUCGGGCGCGGCGUCCAUGUACGUCAUAUCUCACAGAGUGUUGAAGAAGCGUCACGGCAUCGAGGACGAGCGCGCCGCGCUGUACGAAGCCCUGGACGACUGGAUGCAAAACGCGGUCGGCCCGAAGAACGCGUUCUGCGGCGGGAGCGAACCCAACCUCGCGGACCUCGCGGUGUUCGGCGUCUUGCGCGCGGUGAAGACGUUCGACACGUUCUCGGACGCCAUGGAGAACACGAACGCGAAGCCGUGGUACGAGCGCAUGAGGGUCGAAGUCGGCGAGGCCACGCGC